AUGGAGAACCAAGAUGACCAUAUCAUCCAGGUCCAGCUUGCAGAUAUCCCUAACGGCCGAUUCCGCAUAGGUUGGGAUCUGCCAUACGGCAAUAAGACGGGCAUGAAAGCCGAUCGCCUGGGCUGGGCAUCGGCAGUGGGCCUUUUUUGCGGGGGCGCGGCCGCCGCGUGGAGUCCCGAGACACCCGGUCGCCGGUUGCGGCUCGGAGGCUCAUCAGUGGGCAUUUCUCGGAUUGGGGCCAUCCUUGCCACGAGACCCUCCCUGGGCGAUCGUUGGGCGAGACGUGCCUCCUCGGCACUCGCGCGUCCUUUUCUGAAGGGGAAAGAUCCCUUCCUCCUCCCGGACACCAAGUCUCCCCAGAAGAUGGUUAACAGAGCAGCUGCCAAGCUCCGAGCACAGCUCGCAGACAAAGACAACAUCAUCGUCUGCCCCGGAGUACAAGAUGGCCUGUCGGCACGCGUAUGCCUCGACGAAGGCUUCCAGAACCUCUACAUGACCGGCGCAGGCACGGCCAUGAGCGUCCUAGGGAUGCCAGACUUAGGUCUGACGACCGUCGACGACAUGACCAGGAACGCAGGCAUGAUCGCAGGGCUCGACAGGACAGUGCCCGUAAUCGCGGACGCUGACACGGGCUUCGGCGGCCCGUUGAUGGUCGCGCGGACGGUGGAGAAGUACGUGGCGGCGGGCGUGGCGGGUCUGCACAUCGAGGACCAGGUGGCGACGAAGCGGUGCGGGCACCUGUUGGGCAAGGAGCUGGUCGAUCUGGCGACGUAUGUGGCACGCAUCCGGGCCGCGGCCGCGGCGCGCGAGGCGCUCGGCGACGACAUCGUCAUCAUCGCCCGCACCGACGCGCUGCAGUCCCUCGGCUUCGAUGCCGCCAUCGAGCGGCUCAGGGCGGCGGUCGAGGCCGGCGCGGAUGUUGCCUUCCUGGAGGGCAUGACCAGCAAGGAGCAGAUGGCUGCGUGCGUGGAGGCGAUGGCGCCCACGCCUUGUUUCUUGAACAUGGUCGUUGGAGGUGUCACUCCCUUGGUGGACAGGAAUGAGGCGAAAAGGAUGGGUUACAGAAUCGUGAUAUGGCCGAUUUUCUCCAUGACGGCUGCGCUGCUGGCGUACCGGGAGGCUGCGAAGGAGCUUAAAGAGUUGGGGAUGAACAAGGAGAAGAGGAACGAGAAAGGUGAGCUUCUAGGUGGUGUUAGAGAAUGUUUUGAAAUAUGUGGCUUGACCAAGUAUUCUGAAUUCGACAAGGCAAUGGGAGGUCAGGCCUUCUCGAAGGGUGUGUAG